AUGGAUGCAUCAUAUUUUCACUAUCCUUCUGGAAUUCAACCACUGCUCACUCCACCAGAAGACAUUGACGCUUUCAAAUGGGGUACAACUGUCCAAGCAGAUACCGCCGAUAGUAUUAGCACUGUUCCGGUAAACGAGCAAGGAAGUGGGAGCGGGAGUCAUGUCCAAGAACAGUCCCGAUCACCGCCCAACACCAGACCUUCAGAGAUACAAUUGCCGGCACCUUCGAAUAUGUCAUCAGACGAAUCAAACAUGCCUCUCUGGCUGGGGAGAGCGUGUCAGAAGCUUGUUUCAUCUUUGGGCGAUCCAAACAAGCAGCAAAAUAUCCAGAUGGUUGUUCAGGCUUUGCCACCCCAGGCAAAGAAAGCAGGCGUCAAACUAGUCUUCGAGAAGGUGGUGGAGGUAUUACAAGGUCAUUUUCUGUUGCCACCAUACAUAACCAUCACCCACGCUGUCUCGCAGGUCAUUAGUAUGGACGAAGUUCCCGCCUCGCCUCCCGCAACUCCCAACACUCACCAUUCGAGCGAUGGCUACUUUGAGGAUCAGACUAUAUUUACGCAUGCAGCCGUUGUACCCGCUUACCAUGCUCAGAGCACGGUAUCGACGAUCGUGAGUCCCCGGCCAAGUAACAUCAUUGCUGCGCCGAGCAGCAUACAGAUGACAAUUCUGGAAAGAUACAUCCCACCGACAACUGCCCAGGAAGUCCACGAUUUCUUUACAAUGAGCAGAAAGUCGUAUCUCGCGGACAGAUUACUUGAACUGUCUGCGAAUGACGGGUCGUUACUCCUAGUCUUCCCGACUAAAACCGGAGGGAUGACUUUCGCGAAAAACUAUAUAGGGCCGAUUAUCGAACCUUUUCUUCGACAAUUCGUCCUCCUGAACCACCUCUUUGUCGACAUCGCAGUGGACUUGGGACGCAUGGCAUCACUGGAUAGCAUGAAGGAGUUUUCCGAGCUGCGAGAUGCUGUACGACAAAUGUGCCAAGCUCUCAGCCAGCGAGCCCCUGCCCGAGGCAUACAAAGUCGCUACGAGGUCGUACACGCCGAAACGGCCGAGGUGGCACUGAACCGGAACGUGUGGAGAGAAUGGUAUCUUGAGCAAGAAACACCCCGGCUUCGCCAGAACCUGGUGGAUUAUCACAAGGCUGGAGGGCGAAUGCCAUCCCGUGUUGGUCAAAUCGAAACCACGCCAGGCAUGUUGGCCCGAGAAGUGGUGGACGGCAUACGAACGAGUCGGGAGCCGGCAGGAGAGGUUGGGAUCGAAGUGGGGGUUUUUGUCAUCCGACGGUCCAUUGUGUAG